UCUCGCGCCUUUGCCUCGAGCAGACCCAUCUUGCCUCGCGCAGCGCUGCAGUGAUCCUCUGCCCGCGCGCCGUCUCCGUUGUUGUAGUAAAUAUAAUGGCGGCCUCGGGAGGCGGAUUAUUGUCUCCUUCCACCAUCACCGCGCUGAGUUCCCAGGCUGCGCCGGCCCGGGCUCGCUUCCCGGGUCGGCCGCUCUCCCUUCGCAGCAGGCUGCGCUCGGAGAAACGCGUUAGACGUGGAAGAUUGGGCUCGGACUACGGAGAACUGGUCGCAGCCGGGCCGAGGCCCGUCAACACGGGCCUUGCGUUAAGCGAGGACCCGUCCCUGCUGCGGCUGCUGGGGGUGGUGGAGAAGCACGGUCGGCGGGGAGACGUGGGCUUGGACUCCAGCGACAGCGAGGAGGGGGAGGAUUUUACUGGAUUUGGGAGCUCAAGAGUCUGUCCGACAAAACCGAAAAUCCCCGUCUCCAAGAGACUGGCCAGCCAGGCCAAGCCGUCUCAAACUACAGACCAGGUGCCAGAGGAAAAGUCUCUUAUUGGAAAAAUUAUCCCCAAGAGCCCAAAACCGGCUCUGAUUGGGAAAAUUGUACCCAGAGUUCCCAAGGAGGGGCCGGACGUUAAAGAGAGCCCAGUUAAAGACAAAGUGGUGAUUAAAGUGCAAAACAAAGGCGCCCCGGCAGCAAAGGCCAAACAUCCAGAAAAGCAGACCCCAGGCAGACGGAGCAGUACGUCAGCUGACAUUGUUGGCAAAGAAGGAGAGGCAACAUUGAAGCGAGCAGCCACCAAAUCAGUGAGCAACACUAAACCUCAUGAAAAAGUGUCGAGUUUAUCUCGAGCGGUCGCGGAUGCCGAACAGGAUCAUGGAACGGUCAAGGCGGAAGGCGAGGCGUUGGGGGACCCGGAGACGUCCGAAGGGCUUCAAAUGGACGCCCGGCACUCGGCUGAAGGAGGCGCCAUCUCUUUUACGUCCUCUCACAAAUGUCAGAAGACGGCGGGAAUGGUCGAAUGCUCGGCUGCUGAUCCACAGGCGGCAGCCCAGAGUGGGAAACGGGCGGGAACGUCACUCCAGUGCAAGGCCGCAGAGACGUCCGUCAAGAAGGCCAACAAAAGGCACCGAGGCCGAUUGUUGUUCGGGUACAGGCGCCGGCCGGCAGCGGACGUUUCGGUUAACAAGCGGCCCAAAAUCGGCCGGGUCGGAGCGCGCCACGUCUUCUGUACCUACAUGUCGGAGCCGCUUCCGUCCGUGGACAGCGGCGAACAGCUGGGCGAGAGCGUUGCCCCAUCGGAGGAGGAGGAGGAGACGAAGCCCAGUGCGGAGCAGCUGUCUCAGGCCUCUAACAACACCGACGCCACUGUAACGAGCGGGCGGUCCUCCCGCGUUAUCAAAACCCCGAAGAGGUUCCUGAACGAGGAGAUGAUCCCGUUUCCGAAGGGCUCUCUGUCAACGUGGCUGAAAAGUCAGCAGAAGGACGACGCCAGACCCGCCUUGUCCCUCGGCGAGUCCGGCUACGGCUGCAGCGCGCAGCCGCUGGACGCCUACUCCAAAUCUGUGCUGGACGGCUCGCUGCUUCAGUCGAAAAUCUCCUCCAGGCCGGGUCCGGGCGCGAGCCACGUCGAGAUCUACAAGAACCUAAAGAAGCUGACCUUAAAGCUGGCAGAGAAGAAGAAGAGCCAGUCGGACUUUCAGGAGGACCACAUGGACCAGGACGACAGUCUGAGUUUCCACCACAGGAAGAAACGGAGGCCCAGGAUCAUGAUGGAGGAGAUGGACUCCCCGGGAGUUGUGAGGAAAGUGUCUGUGGUGGUCAAGGCGGGAGUGGAAAUCCCCGAGGAAACUCCAGCAGAGGGCAUGGGAAAUAACAGUGAAGACGCGGCGGCGGCAGCAGCUGUGACGGGGGAGCCCGGUUGUGACGUGUUGGAAGUGGGCGGGCCCAGCCACCGCGUCGGUCUCAGUGGAGCUAAUAAGCGGAUGCUGCACCUGCUGAAGAAAGCCAAAGUCCAGCUCAUCAAGAUUGAUCAGCAGAAGCAGCUCAAGUUGUCACAGUUGGGCUCAAGGGACUCACAGGUGGCCGUGUGUGGAAGGAGGAGGAAGAGGAGGAGGAGGACCGGCCUGUCUCCUAAAGAAUAUGGUCCACAGGAGCAGCCGCUCGGAGGUCCAAGGAUCAAGCACGUGUGCCGGGCCGCCGCCGUGGCUUUGGGUCAGCCUCGCGCCUUGGUGCCGGACGACAUUCCCAGGCUGAGCGCUCUGCCGCUUCACGAGAGGGAGGGCAUCACCUUCUCCCCCGCGGCCGAAGAUGUGGCUGAUGAUGAUGAUGAUGACAUCUCUGAUCAGGGCAGGGCACAUUGGGCUGUCUCUCAGGAAAGCAUCCAGCGCAGGAGGCGGAAGAAGGGCGUCAAGUUCCAGAGGAGGAGGAUGUUGAGUCAGUAUUUGCCCGGAGGGGUGCGCUCGAGGCGCUGCGGCGUCUGCAAGGGCUGCUCGAUAGAGGACGAUUGCGGGGAGUGCGUCAACUGCCUGGACAAGCCCAAGUUCGGCGGACGCAACGUCAAGAAGCAGUGCUGCAUAUACAGGAAGUGUGACCGGAUCAUGAAAGCAAAAACCGGACGCACUGUAAGACCACUAAAAAUCCUGUCCAGGCGGUCCCAGUCAGCGUCCAGCGGUGACGCCCCCUGGUGCGUCAGCGAAGCGGGGGAAGACGACGCGUCCUCCACGACGUUCGGAAUCAGGAAGCAGUCGCUGCGUAAAAUCAAGCCGCGCUCCUACAGCCGAUUGCUCAAAUCCGAAUCGGAAGACGAGGAAGAAAACGAAACGGACAAGGCCGCCGCUUUCGCUUCCCGCCAAGGCUUUUCACCACAGGAGGGUGUUUUGCUGCCAGACGACCAGCUCACUGAUUCGAUGAGAAAUCGCCGAGCGUUCCCCAAAAGUACCGCCAGCAGACAGAGAAAGUGUAACUAUGGAACCCGUCUUGCUGGUUGGCUUAGGCAGUCCCCUCCUUCACAGGCUCAGGAGAACGCCGAAGCGACGGAGCGCAGAGAAACUUUCCCAGAACCCACGUGGUGGACCGGGAGCCCAGUGCCGAAGCUGCAGAAGCAGCCGCAGAUACACUUGUACCGUCUGCCCGCGCACAUCCUGACGACUGGCUCUCAGUCUCUGCCGUGGCAGAUGCCUCGGUUCGUGGAGCGGUGGCGGCCUUUAGCAGAGCCUCCUGUUUCACAGCCGCCCUGUAACGUCACAAGCUCUCCUCCGGAAGCGCUCCAGCUGGAAAUGCAUCCUGCUGCCGUGCUGCCAUCACCUCCCAUUGCAGACUCUCCACAGAAGUCUCCGCUGUCACGUUUGGCUCCGGCCUCAGAUUUGCACAAUCCCACGCCGCCAUCGUCUGGACAGCGUCCAACGUGUGUCUGGAGCUCAGCUGUGGCGGAGGUUGCGUCACAGAGGUGUGCUCAGGGAUGCGAGUCUGAUGUGAAGCCUCCAGACAUCCAGGAUAUGGACGCAUGCCCCGCUAAAGCUGCUAAAACUGAGCACGGGGAUUUUCCCAAUCCUUCCUGGACUUUUAGUCCGGGCAAAAAGUUGCAGGAGCAGGAGGACCCGCACGGGCCGCAGCACGAAGAGGACGAGGCGGCGGCGGCGUCGUCUGUAAAAGAGACGGAGCUGAAAAGCUGUCCAACAACUGAUACGCAAUAUGUGCUUCGUUCCCAGAAUCCUCCUGAAUGCACAUCAGUGAACACGCAGACAGGGUUAACUAACGGCUUUCCCCAAAAGGGCGUGUUGCAGCACAAGAUCCGCGUAGAUUUCAAGGAGGACUGUGCUGUCCAGAAUGUGUGGCUAAUGGGCGGCCUCAGCGUCCUCACCUCGGUCCCAACCACUCCUCAGCCGGUCUGCCUGCUCUGCGCCAGUAAAGGGAAACAUGAGAUGAUAUUCUGCCAGAUCUGCUGCGAACCUUUCCACGAUUUCUGCCUGACGCCCGACGAGCGCCCCAAGGAGGAGACCAAGGAGAACUGGUGCUGCAGGCGCUGCAAAUUCUGUCACGUGUGCGGCCGGAGAAGCAAGAAGUUGAAGCCUGUCUUGCAGUGCAGGAGAUGCCAAACCUGCUACCACCCUUCCUGCUUGGGCCCGACGUACCCGAAGCCGAUGAAUCCCCAAAUGCCCUGGGUGUGCAUGACGUGUAUUCGUUGUAAGAGCUGCGGCGUGACUCCUGGGAAGACCUUGGACAUGGCCUGGAACCACGAGCAGGACCUCUGUCCCGACUGCACCUCCCUCACUCAGAAAGGCAAUUUCUGCACCGUCUGCAACAAGUGCUUUGAAGAUAACCAAACCUCCGACAUGAUCCGAUGUUCAGAGUGCAAACACUGGAUUCACUACAGAUGUGAAGGAAUCAAAGAGGAGCUUUUUGGGCUUUUGUCAAGUCAGCCGGACAAACUGGAGUUCAGCUGCACAGCCUGCAGACACAGCCACGGUGAACAGCGCAGCUUGAAGGAGCUACUGCAGAGCAAGCUGCAGGCCGGGCUGCAGGAGGUGCUCGCUGACCUCCUCUCCUCCAGCACCACUCAGCACCUCCUCCUCUGCAAAGAGUGUCAGAAGUCAGACGAGAGGCCGUCUGUCGGAGCGAGGCAGCAGGUCUGUGAUCUACGAGCCGUAGACGAGAAGUUAAGAGAGGGAGGUUACACGUCAAUAAAAGCGUUUCAUUGGGAUGUUGCUGCUCUGAUGAACAAUUGGCUGAAGGCAGAGGAACCUCUUCCUGACGAUCAGAGGCCAACCAAUCAGGCCAAAGCACACUACGUUCAAGUUAUGAAACAGGUUUUUAGCUGGUUUUCUUUGUGCCAUCCUAAGAAGUGGAGCUCGUUCUCUGAAGCGUUGCCCAGUGGCAUGCUCCCCGAGGCCGUCCUUCCUCCUUCGAAGGAGCACAGCUACGCACAGUGGAUGGACACGUCCUCCCCCACCAGGGGGUCCAGGAGCCUGGAGACCGGACCGCCCCCGCGCCGACCUCAUUCGCUACCCUGGAGGCUCGUGUUACCAUCAGCGUCCCCGGACACCACCGAGAUGAAAGACCUGAGGCAGUGCGCGCUGUGCCAGCAGUAUGGAGAUGCUGCUCCCAGUGAUGCGGGGCGGCUGCUGUACCUGGGGCAGAACGAGUGGGCCCAUAUCAACUGCUGCCUGUGGUCUGCAGAGGUCUAUGAGCAGAACAGCGCUCUUCUGCAAGUGCACAGCGCCGUCUCAAGGGGGCGCGCCUUGCGCUGUGAUCGUUGUGGUCAGUGUGGAGCCACGGUGGGCUGCUGUCUCGCCAUCUGCCAGAGUAAUUACCACUUCAUGUGCGCUCGUGCGGACAACUGCGUGUUCCAGCAGGACAGGAAGGUGUACUGCUGCAAACACACGGACCUCGUUGGUGCCAAGGUGGUGACAGGGAAGGGCUUUGAGGUGCCUCGCCGGGUGUAUGUGGACUUUGAGGGGAUCAAUCUGAGAAGAAAGUUCCUCAACGGCCUCGAGCCAGAAAGCAUAAACAUGACAAUAGGCUCUCUCCAGAUUCAGAAGCUUGGCGUGUUGUCAGAGCUGUCUUCAAAUGGGAGGAUGCUUUAUCCUGUCGGUUAUCAAUGCUCUCGGUUGUAUUGGAGCACCGUGGACCCCCGCAGGCGCUGUAAGUACACCUGUAAGGUGACAGAAGUGAGCACUCCUCUCCCUGGUGAAGAACAGGAUCUGAGGUUGGACAAAGAGGAGAAUCACACCAUAAUCCACAGUCCCAGCCACCACAGAGAAAUGGAGUCCCCGGAUCGCUUCAGCUCGUCUUCCAGCCCAAUAAAAUCCACAACCCCAUCUCCGAACUCUAAAACACACAACACCUCGGGACCAAAGAGUCCUGGUUUCCCACAGGCCAGGAGACCAGCCGGAGGAUCAUCACGUCCACUCCCGUCUCCCGGAUGCGCCUCUCACAAGUCUCAUCACAUCCUUACUCUGAGGGAUCUUGACGACACCAGGCGGCCUCGCAGGAUCUCAAGGAGCCGCCGCAGCUCCUCGCCACCAGAAACCGGCCCGUCUGUGACGACGAGCCUCCGCCCCGGGGGCUCCGUCGGCUCCCGAUGCGCUCUGUUCAGCUCCCCUCCUCGAUCGGCGACCCUAGGGUCCGCCUCUCCGCCUCUUUCCCGUCAAAACUCCACGUCUCCCGUCUGGAACUCUCCCCCCGGGUCGAGCUCCAGCACAUCCGGGGGUUUCUCCCCUCGACGAGGCUGCGUCACCCACUCCCCCAGAGGGACGCAGAACUUCAAAAUCACGACUCCCGUGACCGCUGAGGUCCCGCAGGACUUCCUGGCGCUGUCGGAGGCAGAAGAGGCGGCCGUUGCCACGACGAACGGCAUCUCGCUCGCUCCCGACAGCCUGGAGGAGGAGGAGGAGGUGGCUCAGCUCAUGUCUCAGGAGCUGCCGUACACCGUGUUCGACGCCGACGUGGCGGUCGAGUCGAUGCUGAGCACCAAGCUGGACUUCGACGAGGCUCUUCUCGCGGACGACGUGGAUCUGGGCCGCCGGUCAAGAGGAAAGCGCCGCGAAGACGCGGAGACGGGAGGAGACGAUCAAGAGAACGGCUCCGGGGAUGAAGACUCCAGCCGUUACUCCAAGUACACGCGAACUGUGGUGUGUAACGCAGCGAGGAGCCCCGACGCCUUGAGCCAGCCUGCUCCGGCGCAGUCCAUCUCCCAGUUAGACGGGGCGGACAGCGGGUCAGAGACGGAGGAAAGAGAGGACAGAGCUAAAUGUCGCGUCGUUCAGGGGACGCCCACAAAGCACCUGACCGUUGCUCUGCAGAGGCUGGAGUCCAUCUUUUCUCUGCCAAAGUCGAACACCGAGAAUCAAGCGUCCAAAGCGGAGUCUCUGGAAAGUUGCCCCUCGCCGGUUUUCCUGGAACCCAGCUCCAUGAGCAACGAGCUGUCCCUGCAGGAGGAGGAGGUGGCGUUGGCCUCAGACGGUCCCACGUCUCAGGACGAGACGCCUUUGGAUGCGGAGGCGGUGAACUCGAACCAGUACGCCGCCGCCGCCGCCGACCGGGACGAAAGCUCCUCCACCGACUCGGCCGAGGUGUUCAAGGACGACCUAAACGAUCCGGACUUUUCCCCGGACUCUGAAUCCAAACGAUCCCCCGUGGCGCAGAAGAGAACCGUCGUCAUACACAGAAAAAUGUCCGCAGCAGCAGCAGCAGCCAAGCCUCUGCUGCCCAAAAACUGCCUCCAGUUGAACCCGAAUGUGACCCUCAUAGCGCCUCAGGUCAGGCACCACGUCGGCCCCGUUUCGUCCCCGUCCGCCCCUUUCUGCGCGUUCCAGUGUCCCGUGUCCUCCCCCAUCGUGAUCAACGGCUUAAACGCUUUACCCGUCCAGCCCGGCGCCACCCGGGGCCGAGCCAUCGCCAUCCGCCUGGACGGCGCCAAGCCGGAGGGAUCCCAGCAGGCGCAGGGCCAUCAGAACCAUCAGAACCAGGCCGAGGCCGUGAACCCGCCCGCCCCACCCGCUCCCGUCCGGCAGGUCUUACUCGUCAACCGGCAGGGGCAGAUUCUGGUCAAAGACCCCAAAACCAACACUUUUCUGACGCAUCCUGGAAACUCGCCUACUUACAGCAAAAUAAGCCAAAUCGCCAAGAUGCUCCACGGCGGGAAGAGUUUAAAUCAGUCCGUGCCGCGUGUGAUAAUAAAGCCUCGCGCCGGCUCGUCAGCUCUGAACGCUUCUCCCGCCAACCACGCGAGUCCGGACAGGAAGGUCAUCAUCAAACUGGUGCCGGUGAAACCCGCCGUAGCGCCGGCUCCUUUAGUGCCCGUCACGGUGCAGAGCUUUGCUCCGGCGGUCGUCUCCAGGAUGGAAGCGUGCGCCGCCCAGGCCGCCGUCGUCAGGGCGCCGGUCGCCGAAACGGAGACGCAAAGGUCGGCGCCGACGCCGAUCAUUCUCAACACUCGCAGACGAAAGGCGAGGCAGCGACCGGCGUCGCCGCUGCCGGACACCGAGGACUCGGAUCAGGCCUCGAGCGAACCGGGACGCCACCAGGUCCGCGUGAAGCUGGUGUCUCCGCUCUCAGAGAGACCGUCCAGGAAGAAAUCAAAGUUGGACUUCUUAAAGGAUCCGUCUAGUGAAACGGAGGAAAUUAAGCCGUCAAGGCCAAGUGGCGUCAGAGUCAAAGCGCCAACAACAGACGAGGUUCUAGAUUUGGACCGGGUGAACGUGUUUGAGCCGAAGAGGAUCACUGCUCCUCCUCCUCCUCUGGCAUCUUCUUUCAGGUACGCUAAGACUCCAGCUCCGUCCACCCUUUCCUCACAGAGUAAAACCCACACGUGGGUCAGCUCUCGACACGGCGAGCUUUCUGAUUGGGCUCCGUACGCAGGUUUAAGCUCAGAAGACGACGCCCCUGCACUGAAAUACAGGAAGAAGAUCUGCAUGAACCAGCCUCACCUGCGGUUUGAAAUCACCAGCGAGGACGGCUUCAGCGUUAAGGCUAACAGCAUAGAGGUGGCGUGGCGCGCUGUGGUCGACCGCGUCCUCGACUCCCGAGCGGAUUUCCACCUGAAGCAGCUUCCGUUGGGCGUGAUGAGCGGCCAGCGGGUGCUCGGCGUGAUCCACGACGCCGUCAUCUUCCUGCUGGAGCAGCUGGAGGGCGCGGCCAGCUGCAAGCGGCACCGCUUCCGCUUCCACCGCUGCGACCAAGCCGAGGAGGAGCUGCCCCUCAACCCGAGCGGCUGCGCGCGCUCCGAAGUUUACACGCGGAAAGCAACGUUUGAUAUGUUCAACUUCCUGGCGUCACAGCACAGACCGCUCCCUGAGUUGGUCGGCCCCUUUGAUGAAGACGAUGAUGAGUUCCCACUUAAAUCCUCCAGACGAGCCACCAGCAGCGAGCUUCCCAUGGCGAUGAGGUUCAGACACCUGGAAAAAAUCUCCAAAGAAGCAGUUGGCGUUUACAGAUCUCCGAUCCACGGCCGCGGCCUUUUCUGCAAGAGGAACAUCGACGCUGGGGAGAUGGUGAUCGAGUACGCCGGCACGGUCAUUCGAGCUGUCCUGACGGAUAAACGGGAGCAAUACUACGACAGCAAGGGCAUCGGCUGCUACAUGUUCCGCAUCGACGACUUCGACGUGGUGGACGCGACGAUGAAGGGCAACGCGGCCCGCUUCAUCAACCACUCGUGCGAGCCCAACUGCUACUCCCGCGUCAUCAACGUGGACGGCCGCAAGCACAUCGUCAUCUUCGCGCUGAGGAAGAUCUACCGGGGCGAGGAGCUCACCUACGACUACAAGUUCCCCAUCGAGGGCGACGACAACAAGCUGCACUGCAACUGUGGGGCCAGACGGUGCCGCCGCUACCUUAACUAGUAGCUCUAUUCACGCGCGCUCUCUGUAGCAAGAAGCCAUCUUUUUUUUUUUUUCUUUUUUUUUUUUUUUGUCCCGACGAAUAAGAAGGAGUUUAACUUAUAGACAAAUCAUGGGCGGCGCGUUUUCUCGUAGCUCUCCUCAAAUCCUCGGAGGAUUUCCGGACAGUUCUGGCGUUCCUUUUGGACUUGAAGCAGUCUUGUCUUUUCACUCCGCACACUUUCCAGGCUGAAAUUCAGUCUAUACACAUAAUUACCCAAACACCUACAAAUCGACCCCCCCAUCCAUAGUUAUUAACGAGGAAAGAAGGACGUGCCGGCGUGUCUGCAACUACGAGAUCAAAAAGACGGAGAUGAGGAGAAUUUAUUCUGCACCUUAGUUUGACACAAGCUCGUCUGGCGGCAGACUGGACACGUUUCCCCUUUCAUGUGAACACAUCACACCCUCAGCACCUUGUGUACGUUGUAGAGCAGCUACAUUUCAACUCUGCUCUGAUGAGCAAGGGACUUCAAUGUUUUAGGUCUUUUUGAUGUUUAUCCCCAAAAGGUUAGUUUUGAUAGUCCUCCCUCAGUCCUUCCCCCCUCAUGCAGUCUAUUAAACGUUUUCCUUUUUAUUUUGUGAUUUGAAGAAAUGAUUUGAAUGCUUUUAUCCCACUGAUAUUCUUUUCUUUUGGUGUGUUUUAAGGCUCAUGAGGGAGACGUUUUCCUUGUUGCAGGACUCUCUCAUCCUGCCAUUGCAGUUCUUUCUUAAAACGUUUUGUAUAUUUGAACAAUAAAUGUCUAUUAAAACCAACCACCUGAAGCGCGUUUGAGCUUUUGAACAGCUGGAGGCUGCCGGCGUUUCUCCUUCUGGUCACGAUUCUCUCAGGUGUGCUGCUUCUAAGGUUUAAUAAAGCAAGGUUGUAUUUAAUUAAACGUUUAACGAACGCGGCGUCCUCGUCAUUAAAGCUUUCUAAUAUGAAAAGGAGCACACCUCAGACAAGAGUCUGCUCUCAUUGGGGAAACCAGAUCAAGUCACUGGUUGUAUAAUCUCUUAUUAUUACUGAUUUGAAAUCGUAAUUGAAUUUCACAUGCAAAGCCAUGAUACUUUACAGGCAGACCAUGGACCCUGUAAAUAGUUGUAUAAAAAAUUUCUAAACCUGUUACAUAUUUUUUUACAUUACAUUUUUUUUUUUUAUUUAUGUUCAAUAAAAGCUUGUUCAAAGUU